AUGCGUAUCUAUCAAUCUAUCUAUCUACGUUUAUCGAGUAAUUAUCUAUCUAUCUAUCUUUCUAUCUAUCUAUCUAUUCUUAUCAUUAUCUAUCCAUCUUACUUGAUUAAUUAUCUAUCUAUCUAUCUAUCUAUCUAUCUAUCUAUCUAUCUCUAUCCACUUUUGCUUAUCCCUCUCUUUUCUUUCUUUCUUUUUUUUCUUAGUCAUUUUUGUUUAUAUCUUUCUUUUCUUUCUUUCUUUCCUAACCGUUUUUGUUUAUCUCUUUCUUUCUUUUUUAGCCGGUUUUACUUAUCUCUCUCUUUUCUUUCUUUCUUUCUUUCUUUCUUUCUUUCUUUCUUAACCCCGGUUUUACUUAUCUCUCUUUUCUUUUCUUUCUUUCUUUUCUUUCUUUUCUUUCUUUCUUUUCUUUUUCUCAACCCCGGUUUUACUUAUAUCUCUCUUUUCUUUCUUUUCUUUCUUUCUUUCUUUCUUUCUUUCUUUCUUUCUUUCCUAAACGUUUUUGUUUAUCUCUUUCUUAGCCGGUUUUACUUAUCUCUCUCUUUUCUUUCUUUCUUUCUUUCUUUCUUUCUUUCUUUCUUUCUUUCUUUCUCAACCGUUUUUGUUUCUUUCUUUCUUAGCCGGUUUUACUUAUCUCUCUCUUUUCUUUCUUUCUUUCUUUCUUUCUUUCUUUCUUUCUUUCUUUUUUCUUUCUUUCUUAACCGUUUUUGUUUCUUUCUUUUUCUUAGCCGGUUUUACUUAUAUCUCUUUUUCUUUCUUUUUUCUUUCUUUUCUUUUUCUUUUCUUUCUUUCUUUCUUUCUUUCCUAAACGUUUUUGUUUAUCUCUUUCUUAGCCGGUUUUACUUAUCUCUCUCUUUUCUUUCUUUCUUUCUUUCUUUCUUUCUUUCUUUCUUUCUUUCUUUCUUUCUCAACCAUUUUAAAAUCGUCCACAUCAUUCUCUUUUUGUUUGCUUGUGUUCGUCGGCAAAGUGUUCUUUCUUUCUUUCUUUCUUUCUUUCUUUCUAUUUUAGCCGCCAUCAUUUUCUCAACCAUUUUUAAAGUUAUUUUUCGUCCUUCUGAUUCGCUUUUUCUUUCUUUCUUUCUUUCUUUCUUUCUUUCUUUGUCUCUUGUCUUGUACGUGGUUCUUUCUUUUUUUUCUUUCUUUCUUUCUUUCUUUCUUUCUAUUUUAGCCGCCAUCAUUUUCUCAACCAUUUUUAAAGUUAUUUUUCGUCCCUCAAAUUCUAUUCUUUCUUUCUUUCUUUCUUUCUUUCUUUCUUUCUUUCCAUUUCUUUCUUUCUUUCUUUUUUUCCAUGAUCCUAGUUAUACGUGGUUCUUUCUUUCUUUCUUUAGUCGUACUUGUUUGCUUAUUUCUUUCUUGUUCUACGUGGUUAUUUUAUUUUAUCUAUUUGUUGCUUUUCUUUCUUUUUUCUUUCUUUACGUUCUUUAUUUUGUUAUUCAUACGCAGUUAUUUUUAUUUAUUACGUCAUUCUUUCAAUAUCUUCAAAUUUUCUUCCUGUUUCUAAUAAUAUUAAUGCAAAUUUUCUUUCUUUUUUUCUUUCUUUUUGUCGUUAUUUUUAUUUACUGCGUCUUUCUUUCCCUGUCCCUAGACGUACGUAGUUGCUUCUUUCUUUCUUUCUUUCUUUCUUUCUUUCUUUCUUUGUCUCUCAUCGUAUGUGGUUAUUUUAUUUUAUGUAUUUGUUGCCUUUCUUUCUUUCCGUUCUCCAUUUUGUUAUUCAUGAUCAGUUAUUUUUAUUUAUUGCUUCAUACUUUCCAUAUCUGCACAUAUUCUUCCUUUUCUUGUAAUCUAUCUAUCUAUCUAUCUAUCUAUCUAUCUAUCUAUCUAUCUAUCUAUCUUAGCCAGUUUAUUAUCUAUCUAUCUAUAUAUCUAUCUAUCUAUCUAUCUAUCUAUCUAUCUAUCUAG